AUGGCUGCCCGACAAACGAGACACGACGGCCGCGAUAACGACGAGCUCCGGCCAGUAACGAUAAAGUAUGAGGGACUGGACAGGGUAGAUGGCUCGGCUAAGUUUGGUUUCGGUCAAACACAGGCUUUGGCAUCUCUGUCGGGACCUAUCGAAAUCCGGCCAAACCUCGAAUUGCCCUCACAAGCGACACUCGAAAUUCACAUUCGACCUCUCGCUUCCGUGCCUGGUACGGACUCGAGAGCACUCGCCGCGACGCUCAAAGCGGUGCUCAGCCCGUCCCUCCUCCUCUCGCACCAUCCACGAACUCUUGUCCAGAUUGUUGGACAGGCUUUAUGCGGAAGUGACUCAGGUAGCGGUCUGGGAAGCACUGGGCGAGGGUGGAACGCGAGUCUCGUCGCGAGUCUGGUCAACGCUUGCAGCGCCUCGCUCAUUAAUGCGGGCUCGGUGCCCAUAAAGGGCGUCGUCUGCGCUGCCUCUGUUGGACGCAUACCAGACCUCAACGACUCUGGAUCCUAUGUCUUGGUCCUCGACCCGUCAGAAGCUGAGCUUGCGUCCCUGGAAGGCGGAGGUUGCUUCGUCUUCAUGUUUGCAUCCACCCUUCCGCCAUCACCAGACGACGAUCAAGAUACGCCCCAUACUUCCCUGCUCUGGACCAACUAUACGGCAACUUCUGGAGUUAUCGACGAUGCCGAGUUUAUGGAGGCCAAAAACCUGGCGCUCGAGGGUGCGCAAGAGAUCUGGGCGUUGUUCAAAGGUAGCAUCAAGCCUAGUCACUCAACCUCUGGUGAGAUUGUCAACGAGCGGGAGCUGCAAGCGAGGGAGGACCAACAACCACCAAGCGCUGGAAUGGACGAUAGUACGAUGGAAAUAUAG